AUGGCUACUUAUUCUCUAAAUACUACAGACAGGAUUGCUGUGCUAGAGAAGGAGUUGUUCCAGCUCAGGAAAAGGAACAAAGUUUUCAACGGAAUCAAGUUACCCACGUUGAAGAAACCGAUACAGGGAGUUCUGAAGAUUCUCGUCUGCGAGCCCGAUGAGACCACUUCAAGGGUCGCUCCUGUAGCACCAGUCACUCGUGCAGUGGCUCCGAGUUCUUUGUCCCAGUCGACAUCGCCCUCGCCACCGCCUUCGCAGCCGGCAGCCUUGAACGAACAUCCUUUCGCAGCAGCCAGAGACACCACUUACACUCCGCCCAACCUUCAAAACUUCGGUGCGGCUCCGAAAGCAAACCCCAAUAAGGGGAAGGAACCGUCCUACCAAAUGCUCACUCCGGCCUACCAACCCGAGAUGAUCGAGAAAGUGUUCGAACGAUCGAUGAAGAGCCCCUUUGUAACAUUGUCACCGAAGGAAUUACUUUCUAUCUUGCCCGACUUACGAUCAAAAUACCAUGACCUGGAGGUUCCUGACGAGUCGGUCUCGAAGAUUGACGUACAUUUGCUCACCUGUCAUGGAGAUCCGCUAAGUCCCAACGCCACUAUUCUACCCAAUCCCUAUGAGAGCUAUCUAAAGUGUCGUCCAAACGAGGUGCUUGGAGCUAAUCUCACAGUUGCAAACGAAUCGAAUACCAUCCAUUGCAUCAAAGCAUUAAUCAACAACCAGCAGUGCAUCGAGUGCAUUAUCGAUCCCGGUUCGCAGAUCAUCGCUAUGUCGCAGGAGAUAUGCCAUGCGCUCGGACUAGCCUAUGACCCGUUGAUUAAGCUAAACAUGCAAUCGGCGAACGGGACUAUGGACCAGUCCCUCGGGUUGAUUCAUAAUCUUCCCAUGCAGGUUGGGAAUCUAACAUUGUAUCUCCAAGCUCACGUUAUUCGCAACGCAGCCUACGACAUUCUCCUCGGAUGA